AUGGCCACAACAAUAGACUAUAAUAAUAAUAAUAAUUCAAAGAAUAGCGUACCAAAUAUAUCAUUCAGCCCGCCCCCAGUCGACCAGGCGGCAGGUGGAAUCAUGCUCACAGAAGAAGAGCGUAGAGCGGAACUCAAACAACUACUUUCAUCAACCAUCCCAUGUCUCAUGAUCGGCGUCGAAGAAGCCGAAACAGACAUCACCAGCAUAUUCAACCUGGACGACCUCACCGAGAAGCGUUCAUCAUGCCAGCUACUCAUCGGACUCUCAAAGAUACUCAAGGAAUACCCAAAGGGUAUGGGAUAUAUACCAAGACCACUACCAUCAGCACUUAGUCAGUUGCCAAAGCUGAGGGAGUUUAGAGCACAGAUGGACUUGUUGAUCUGGGAGAUCAUCUCAAAGUUGUCCAUUUUAAAGGAGUUUGUGCUGGCCUCCAACACUGACCUUCAAAAGUUGUUUGUCGUUGCGCUAAGUAUACGCGACGCCAAGAACUGCUUCACACAGAACCAAUGCGAGCACUAUAUCAGGGCUAUGGACGAGGUGGACCCCAACCUCAAUCGCAAACUCUUUGCCACGGCGCCCAAGCCUCAAAAGCCCGUGCUGUCCAAGGCGCCACGCGAGAUCAUGGACUCGACCAACACAAUGGUCGACCACGCAAUUCAGAGCAAAUCAAUCUCAAGCAGCGACAAGGUCAGCGUGUUCCGCGAGAUGAUCUCGCAACGCGCUUUCCAGAUGAAGGAGGACCCCGUAGCAUUCCGCAACGAGCUGCUCGAGAAGCGUCGCACGCGUCUCAUCACCCAGAGCGACGACGGCGGAGCGUCGGGUCGCGAUGGCGAGAUGGGUGCUGGCGUGGGUAAACAUCACGGUGGAUCGAAGCGCAACUCGAUUGGCAACGGCUCGCCGCUCAUUCACUCUGGCUCGUACGACUCUCCAAAGUCGCCCGAGGCACUUCACAGUGGCGCUCGCACGCCUGUUGACAAGCUCAAGAGUCACUUCUUGACGCCGGGCAAGUCACGCUCAUACUCGGACGCACAGAUGGCUGUCGAACAGGCCAUCCCCAACCCUUCAGUGGAGCGCGUCAAUCGCUUCUACAAGCUGCAUCACGCAUCCUCGCCCUCGGCCUCCUCGGCCAACGUACCACUCUCAAUGGUGCCACCCGUUCUCAAUCUCAGCAGCGGCACGCUGGGCAGCAGCGAGCUGGAUGUUGCCGGAGAGUGGGAGCGAUACGACCCAAGCCAUGCUGCACAGGCUGGUUGCGGCCACCUUCAAGAGGUACGUGGCUUCAAGACUGAUGCUGGCCGUGCAUCACUCUCACUUCUGGGCGACCUGGAUCACUUCAUGGUGAAGGAUGCUCAUAACGACGACAUGUUCUUCCGUGAGGACUUCUUGCAGCGCAAUCACAUCAACUUCCUCGGCGUGAGCAAGACGGCUGACAAGACACCAGUGGCUAUCUCGAUCUGCCACUACCUGCUCGAGUCGGGCGACACCGAGCUGUUGUACAUUAUUCGAACGCAAGAGGGCGACGAGCGCCUGCGGUUCACGUUGGCGCGCACCAAGGACUGCUCGUCCAAGGACAUGAUCAAGAUGCUCAAGAAGGCGCGUCCACAGUACCAGAACUUCAAGAUCAAGGACGUGCGUGACGAGGCGCUAAUGAACCACUUGCUCGACUUUGAGGCCAAGAACACCCUACAGUGCCGCUUCAAGUUUGGCGUGCUCUAUUGUCGCGACGGCCAGACCGAGGAGAACGACCUAUACGGCAACAACCACGACGACAGCAGCCGCGACUACAACGACUUCCUCGAGGUGCUGGGCGAACGCGUCCCACUCAAGGGCUGGACGGCGUAUCGCGGCGGUCUAGACGUGCGCGAGGAUCUCACUGGCACGCACUCUGUGUUUAGAAAGUGGCGCAACUAUGAGAUCAUGUUCCAUGUGGCCACGAUGAUUCCGCCCAAGCCCGACGACGUGCAGCAGGUGGACAGGAAGCGACAUCUUGGCAACGACAUUGUUAUUAUUAUAUUCAAGGAGGGCGAUGCACCCAUCAGUCCCGCCAUCUUCAAGUCGAACUUUAAUCACAUCUUUGCCGUGGUCCAAGUGGACCGACAGCAAUCCACCCAUGGCGACACCUACUACCACCUCACCGUGGCGAGCAAAGAUGAGAUCACCUCAUUCGGUCCACAAUUCCCCAAGUACUACAGUUUCUCAAAAGAAGAGCUAAAGGAUUUCCUGAUGGCAAAGAUGAUCAAUGGAGAGAGAUGGGUACUAAACUCACCAGUGUUCUCACAUAAGAUUGUUAGGUCCAGACGCGAGUUCUUGCAGUCCUACACCAAUGACUACCUGGAUAGUUAA